CUUAACGCGUUUAUUUUGUGCCAGAUACCUUUUUAAAUCGUUUAUGUGUAAACUUUUUUGCGUUUACCUACCUAAAUAAACGUACAUUUCGAUUGAUAAAUGUGGGGAAGUUUAGGGAACAUUUCUUGGCAAAGUGGGCAAAAGUUUCAGCACCUUGAUGGCGAUAAAGUCUGAAAUGUUGUUUCAUUUGUUGUUUAUAAUAUUUGGGGUGAACAGUUUGGAAGUGCCUUGUAAUAAGACGGAGUACUUUGAGCCAAGCCUGAUGUCGUGCCAGGCCUGCCCUGCCAAUGUUUCUCUCGUCGCGACGGUAGAAGGGUUCUCUUGCACUUGCGAGGAUCACAGCGUGCCUGCCGGCAUCGCAAGGUGCAAGCCGUGCAACGCCACCGAGGUAGUCUCUGCCGAUGGAUCCACGUGCGUGCCCAGAAAGUGCCAGAAUAAUUCUGGCAGAGUCGUCUGUAGGAAAUGCCCUAGCAAUGAUUAUAUUUCUGUAACUCAAAACCUCGACGGUUCACCAACAAAAGAAGUUCUCUGCAUAAAAUGCGCGCGCGGCUUUAAACCGUUGAAUAACGCCUGCGUACGAUGUGACGGAUGCGUUUGCGCACGCUCCGAUGUGGUCGUGGGAGGAGCGUGCGUCCCCAAGCGAUACGUCUCGGAGCGGCCUAAGUACGAAGACAGUCGCAUCCACCCUUCAGUUCUGAUGGAUAUUGUGAAAUAUGAGUAUCGGUGUACGAAAGGAGACGUUUUGGCCUGUCGGCUGUUAGCUGGUGAAUGUGUCAGAAAUUUUUAUAUUACGGACCUUGGGGGGCCUUGCAGACUUUGGCUACAAACGAAGAUGGUUACUCCAAAAGGUUUGCCGAAACUCUUGAUUGACCCGACUUCAAAUGACUUUAGGCCUGGAGAAUUUGUUAUGCCAAAGGCAAAGAAUUUAUCAUUGGUGUUAGCAGUUUACACUUCUGAAGGAGGUUUCAAACUCAUCGACUCUACUGACGACCGAUGGUCACCAUGUUCUUUGCCAUUUGUAAUACAAAUCGGGAAAGAUUUUUCAAGGGAUUGUGAUUUUAACUUCACAAAGUGGUCUCAGAUAAUUUUAAAUAGCACUUUUGCUCCGUACGUCUACAUGGAUGAAGUGUUAAAGCCUCUACCUCUCACAGUACGCACUCCCAGCGAUAAUUAUAUUCAGAGAGGGUCCUGGAAGUCGGCAGAUUUCAUGCGAUACUUUGUCAUGCACAGCGUCCUCUCGUCGACCACCAAUGUCACCAGCACUGUCUACCUACGAAAACUCUCCGCCAGAGUUCGGGUAGAAAGAGACAAAAAUCAGGCUAGUUCUCUCAGACUACACGUCAAUAUUGAGGUUCGGUAUGCGAGUAAGUCACCCCUGUCUCAAUCUGUGACCACUACACUAAGUGUUCAACACGAAUUGCCCAGUGCUGGGAUCUUCAGAGGAUUGGAGAUAUGGGGCGGCGUGUUAGGCACACUCCUGUCACUGUACGCGAUAGUGCAGUGGCGCGGAGAGAUGCGUAGGGGUGGCCUACAUUUCUCCUUUGUGCCGCUGAUGGCUGGCUCCAUUUCUGAUGCACUAUAUUUCGCAGCCUGGUUUUCAACUCUACACGCUCUCGCCGCGGAGGCAUCCCUCGGCAUGACUCUACCCUUGUCGAGAUCUGAAGAGAGGGUGAUUAGGGCCUUUGUGUACUCCGCCGUUUCGUUAAAGGCCAUCAAGGUAGUCUGGCUAAAUUGGAAACAAUGUAGAUGUGAUAUUUUCUUCCUUGACUGGUCGGAGUAUAAUAUAACACAUAAAGAUGCCAAUGUCACUAACGAUGACGGUAGUUGGAGAGUGACGACUCUAGCGAGAGAGUGGAAUCGCUUGCAGGCGCAGAGGAGAGCGCCUCCGAGCUAUGUCGUUACUUUAGCUCUCCUUAUUCUGCAGCUCAUAAACCCAUGGCAAGCCUAUCUGCCUGCAAGCAAAGGCUACCGAUGGGCAGUCACGAGCAUCGCAUGGGUUUCUUCCUACGUCCUGCUGAUGGGGCUACGGUGGACCCUGGAUAAAGCAGCUGGAGCCCCGUCAGCUGUUUUGACGAGGGUGUGCAGGGGCACUGGCAUGUCAUUGCUAGUCUUUCAAGAAGAAUACUACGCGCAUUAUGUGCAUGGCAGGAACGAUGACAACAAAGACCUCAGAUUAAUGGCUGGACCUCUCGCGAUGUGUCGCGUUGUCAUGGCUCCCCAAUUAAGGAUUGUGUAUAAGCAACUAUCUUCUCCUGGGCUGGAUGACUUGGGCAAUAUCGAUGCGCGACGAGUUGUUUUGACAAGGCUUUUAGCUGCCUUCUUCGAAAGAGCCCUAGACGGCCUCAACUGGGUGGCUAGUGAAAGGACGGUGCCAGAGCGACUGAUGGACGUAGAGCUGACGGAGCGGGAGGCAGGCACCACCAGCGUUCUCCUCUAUGAUCCUGGGGACUCAGCUCCGUCGUGUAUGGCAGUCACUUGGUGGGGCGAGGAAUGGAGUUUAGGCACGUUUGAUGCUAUGCUAUUUGGCUGCGUUGUGCUCGCAACGGAAGAUCCAUUAUUAGCAGCCUUUGUUACUUUAUUGGCGUGGCAGAUUAUGAAAAGAACAAGAACUUGGUUUGGGAUCAGAAAUCAGAUACUAAAAACUAAUGUUGAUGAAAAGAUAUAAAAAGUACUAACCAAUAAAUAAAUGAAACGUAAAGCGAAUAGCUCCGAGAAUAACGCCAUUGGUUUCAGUGUGCACGAAAAUGAGUGCUUUGAUAGCGUAUGUAGUAGUGACUACAGUUACAAUAAUUGGAACUAGGAUCAAUGGCGGUAGUGGAUCAGAAAUGGUACAGAAGCCUGCACUAAGGUGCCACUUACAAAGCGAAGUGAGCGAUGAUGAAUCAGAUAUCGACUGCUCGGUUGGCAUGUACGAUGAUGCCUCUACCACCAAGAGCACAAGCACAACUACCACUGUUAGAGUCAUUGUAAUACCACGAGGACCAUUUUAUGACUUCGUAGUAAAUAUUUGUCAAGCGCUUUUGCAUAAUUUUCUGGUAGACAAAGUUCGUAGAUACUUUAUUGUAUUAAGCAAAAGUCUGGAAGGAUUGGGAUCCGGCAGGUUCAUGAGGAAAAAAAUUGAAAAGUUUUCCGAACAUUUUGAAAGAUCAUCAGACUUAAGAGGUGAGUUGUUAAGAAUAAAAGUACAGAACUUCCUCGAUAUUAUAUCUAGUGGAAAACCAAUGGUAAAUGAAUUCUUCCAAGCAAUGAAUGCGAUCUAUUCUGUUCGCGACGACACCAAAAUGGAUGAUUAUAUUUAUCU